AUGGCCGACCGUCGACUGCCACACUUAAAUGCCUGUGAAACUGUACCGACUAGACGUUUUGGUGUUUUGGUUACCUCAGCUGCUUACGUCAUGAUGUAUCGAGAUCCAGAGCCUGGUGUUGUUUGCUUAGAAGAAGAUGUAAAACCUGAAGAACGGAUUGAUUUAGCCUUGAAGUGUCUUCCACAUUAUGAUCCUUCUAGCAGUUGGAAUUCUGGUUCAGGAGAACCGUUCCCAUUCCGCUACUGGAAAAUUCGUGAUUAUGGAUAUGCUUACAGAUCUAAGUUUACGACCCCAUCUAUGGUUGCAGAGCAUUUUAUCUCAGCAAUAGAGGUACUUAAUGAUAAGCAGCCCUCAGCACCAUUAUUAAUCUCCUUCAACCCCAAGGAGGUGAGAAGGCAAGCUGCAGCUUCCACUCAAAGAUUUGAAGAAGGAAUACCAUUGUCGAUCUUGGAUGGAAUUUUAAUUGCAGUCAAGGAUGACAUUGAUUGCUUUCCUCAUCCUUCAAAGGGUGGUUCUACAUGGUUUCAUGAGGUUCGCCAGGUAAACACAGAUGCAGUUUCUGUGUCAAGAUUACGAAGCAGUGGUGCAAUUUUAGUAGGAAAGACAAAUAUGCAUGAGUUUGGUAUGGGCACAACAGGGAAUAAUCCGAAUUACGGUACACCUGGAAAUCCGCAUAAUCCAAAAAGAUACACAGGUGGUUCUUCCUCAGGUUCAGCUGCAAUUGUCGCUUCUGGAUUGUGUUCAGCAGCAUUGGGAACAGAUGGUGGAGGUUCAAUACGAAUUCCUGCUUCUCUUUGCGGGGUUGUCGGCUUGAAAACAACAUUUGGACGGACUGACCUGACAGGGUCACUGUGGGAAGCAGGAACAGUCACAAUUGCUGGACCCAUCACAGCUACAGUUGAGGAUGCCAUACUUGUGUAUGCAGCAAUCUUAGGAUCCUCUCCAGCUGAUCGAAUUCCACUGAAUCCUUCCCUCCCUUGUUUACCAGAUUUAUCUUCCAAUGAGAGUUCAAACAUUUUGGGAUCACUUACCCUGGGAAAGUAUACAAAGUGGUUUAAUGAUGUUAGCUCAACUGACAUAACUGAUAAGUGUGAAGAUGUCCUAAACCAAUUAUUUCAUCUGCAUGGGUGCAAAACAACAAAGAUCGUCAUACCGGAGCUUCGUGAGUUGCGCACAGCCCAUACUGUUACUUUUGGAUCUGAAUCACUAUGCUUAUUGAAUCUUGAUUGCGAGGAUGGGAAAGGAGUAAGAUUGACUAAUGAUACUCGCACAAAUCUAGCACUCUUCAGAUCAUUUGCAGCAUCAGAUUAUGUUUCUGCCCAGCGCCUUAGGCGAAGGAUAAUGUACUACCACAUGGAGAUUUUCAAGAAAGUAGAUGUCAUUGUAACACCUACCACUGGAAUGACAGCUCCAGAAAUUCCAGAAAGUGCUCUUGAAGUUGGAGAGACAAAUUUGCAAGUUGUAGCAAGCCUAAUGCAAUUUGCUAUAACAGCAAAUCUUCUCGGGCUUCCAGCAAUUUCUGUCCCAGUAAGUGACAUUCAUCCUUUUCCUCUUAGGCAGUUCACUGAGAGUAAAUCUCAGAAAAAGAUUUGGAAUGGAAGGACCUGCAUGUUGAUGAUAUGCAAACAAGUUUCUAAUUAUUUCAACCUAAUAAUAUUACAGUAAGUCUAUUAUAUAUAUAAGAUAUUGCGCUAGGAAAUCGUUGAAUAUGGAAUUCUAGGAAGGAAUAAGUGCCGAUUUUGAUUUCCCUCAGCAAAUUCCUCACUAAUUAUGUUGAAACCGGUCGUGUAAGUGGAAAUUUUAUUCUUCUCUUUGUUCACAUUAACCAGACCAGAUAAUGUUUGUCCGAAAAAACUGAAGAUGUGAAUAGAUGUUUUUACAAAUCAGAAAAAUAUACAAGGUUUUGAUUGAUAUUAGAACAGAGCUUUGAUUCUUCAUUCUUCUCUUUUGUCGGGAAAUAGGUAAACUUAGAUCAUCCUUUUAUAUGUGGCCUCUGUAUUCCAAGAUCCAAUUUAUUACACAAAUAGCUAGUUUUUCUGUAGUUCAGUGUGGACAAAAUUCAAUUAUCACUACCGCAAGAACGGAACUUCUCAGUCAGACACUUUCUGGUGUGCCACUUCCACAUCCUCUUGAAAGGCACAUCAUUAACUACUUUCUCUCCUAUUGCAUUUCGAGUCUCUACUUUGUUCUGAUUCCAUUUCCUAUUGCUAGCUUGAUCUCCUUUGGCCUUUGAAAUUUCAGUAUACCAUUCUUCAUUUAGUAGCGGCUAAUUUGCUUGGUUUUAGUUAACUAUGUGAGAAUGCACGGGAGA